ACAUUAGCAAUCCUCCAUUCAGUUAUCUUUAAACAAUUCCCCAGAGAGCCAUCCCGGCAGACGUAUUUUACCGCACCUGCAAGUCAGAAUGACAGGAAAGUAUGUGAAAACUUGAGAAAGGAAAAAUGGAUGGAGGGAAAGGAGAACAGAGAGAGGGAUAUGGAACAAAUGGAACCUCAUAAAAGUUACAAAUAAGAGUUCAGACGUGAGCUAGGUCUGCCAAUUAUAUGGCACUGCUCUUUGCUCCGCCCCCCUCAGCAUGGGGGUGUCUGUUAGACUCAUAACUCCGCCCACCACAGCUGCUGUGAGUUGACAGACAGCCUGUUACCUCAACCCACUCUUUUCUUCUGUCCCUCACUCCUGAGUCCUGCUCAAUCACACACAGACUUUCUCUAUAAAACACACUCACAGUCUCACAUACAAGACACUGAAGCCAAAAGACACAAAGGAAUCGAAGAUCAGCUUCCUUAAGGCUUUUCACUCACACACUCCUUCUGUGGGGUGGCAGAAGGCUGUGAUAAAGGAUGACCGGCACAAUGUAUCUCCUCGCGGCCGUUUCUCUGAUCUUUACUCUCAGCUCAGCAAGCGCAGAAUCAACCGUGUAUAACCUCUUAACGUCACCGGACUGCCUACCGGAUCUACUGCACGGAGGUUUGGCAGAGCAGGGAAUAACAGAACUCUUUAUUCUCACAACGUUCCGUCUCCAGCCUCGAACCGGAAACACCAUAUUCAGCCUGUACAAUCCACGAGACAACAGCAAGUACUUUGAGUUUUCUGUGCUUGGGAAACUCAACAAAGCUACUUUACGAUACCUGCGCAGAGAUGGUAGGAUGAGUACCGUUACCUUCAACAACCUGAAACUGGCUGAUGGUGAGAAGCAUCGGCUGCUCUUCCAUUUGAAGGGACUGGAGGUGGGCCAACCAGGGGGCUUCCCGCACAACCAGGGGGUGUUACCGGUGCCCGGGGUGGAGCUCCACCUGGACUGCAGGCUGGUGGAGACGCUGAGAGAUUUACCAGCUGUGUUUAAUGGCCUAAACAAUAACCAGGGAGUGGAGCUCAGAACUAUGCAGGGGAAAGCACAAGAGGAGUUGGAGGAGCUCAAACUUGCAUAUGGUGAUUCAAUGGAAAAUGUUGCAUCGCUGCAGGACUGCCACACUCAUCAGAGCGACUCUGUACAGACUUUAGGGCUUAACACGAAACAGCUUACAAAUCAGAUGCUGGAGCUGACAAAGGUCAUUAAUGAGCUGAAAGAUGUUCUUAUUCAGCAGGUGAAGGAAACAUCCUUCCUCAGAAACACCAUUGCUGAGUGCCAGGCCUGUGGGCUGGGCGGAACGGAGGUGGUGAAAUCAAAGUGCACUCCUGGAGUGUGUUUCCGUGAUGACAUGUGUAUAGAAACAGACAAUGGGGUGGAGUGCGGUCCAUGCCCUGAUGGAUACACUGGAGAUGGAUAUAGCUGUGAUGACGUUGAUGAGUGCCAGUUUAAUCCCUGCUUCCCUGGCGUGAGGUGUGUGAACAUGGCUCCAGGUUUCCGCUGUGAGGCAUGUCCUCUUGGAUUCACUGGAAAACCACUGGAAGGUGUUGGCGUGACUUAUGCACAAACGCACAAGCAGGUGUGUGAUGAUAUCGAUGAGUGUAAAGGCCCAGAUAAUGGAGGAUGCACCACUAACUCCAUCUGUGUGAAUUCUGUGGGAUCAUAUCAAUGUGGCCGAUGUAAGACAGGAUUUACAGGUGACCAGAUCAGAGGUUGUAAGCCAGAGAAAAGCUGUGGAAACCGCCUACAGAACCCUUGCGACCCCAAUGCGCAGUGCAUAGAGGAAAGGGAUGGCACCAUCACAUGCCAGUGUGGCAUUGGAUGGGCUGGAAACGGUUAUCUCUGCGGUAAAGACACUGACAUCGAUGGGUACCCUGACGAGAAGCUGCGCUGCCGAGACCCAACCUGCAGAAAGGAUAACUGUGUUACCGUUCCAAACUCGGGACAAGAGGAUGCAGAUGGUGAUGGGAAAGGAGAUGCAUGUGACCCAGAUGCAGAUGGAGAUGGAAUACUGAAUGAGCAGGAUAACUGCUGGUUGACACCAAAUAUAAAUCAACGGAACAGUGAUAAGGACAGCCAUGGCGAUGCAUGUGACAACUGUAUCCGAGUGGAUAACCCAGACCAGAGAGACACUGAUUCUGAUGGCCUCGGAGAUGCAUGCGAUGACGACAUGGAUGGAGAUGGGCUGAAAAACUUUCUGGAUAACUGCCAGCGAGUGAAAAAUCGUGACCAGCUGGAUCGUGAUGGGGAUGGGGUGGGAGAUGCAUGUGAUAGCUGUCCUGACAUCCCAAAUCCAAAUCAGUCUGACAUUGACCAUGAUCUUGUUGGAGAUUCUUGUGACACAAAUCAAGAUAGUGAUGGUGAUGGUCACCAAGAUAGCAAAGACAACUGCCCAAUGGUAAUUAACAGCUCCCAGCUGGACACAGAUAAAGAUGGACUAGGAGAUGAAUGUGACGAUGAUGAUGAUAAUGAUGGUAUUCCCGACAUACUGCCUCCUGGACCAGAUAACUGCCGCUUGGUGCCCAACUCUGACCAAAUAGAUGACAACAAUGAUGGAGUAGGCGACAUAUGCGAAUCAGACUUUGACCAAGACAAGGUUAUCGACAGGAUCGAUAACUGCCCAGAAAAUGCAGAGAUCACACUGACAGACUUCAGAGCCUAUCAGACAGUUGUACUGGACCCAGAGGGUGAUGCUCAGAUUGACCCCAACUGGGUGGUUCUUAACCAGGGAAUGGAGAUUGUCCAGACUAUGAAUAGUGACCCUGGCCUUGCUGUUGGUUACACUGCAUUCAGCGGUGUGGAUUUUGAGGGUACCUUCCAUGUGAAUACGGUGACUGAUGACGACUAUGCCGGCUUCAUCUUUGGCUACCAAGACUCUUCCAGUUUCUACGUGGUGAUGUGGAAGCAAACAGAGCAGACAUACUGGCAGGCCACACCCUUCAGAGCCGUAGCUGAACCUGGCAUUCAGCUGAAGGCAGUAAAGUCCAAGACUGGUCCAGGUGAGCAUCUGAGGAACUCUCUCUGGCAUACAGGUGACACUAAUGAUCAGGUACGUCUCCUUUGGAAGGAUCCAAGGAACGUUGGCUGGAAGGAUAAGGUAUCAUACCGCUGGUACCUGCAGCAUCGCCCACAAGUCGGAUACAUCAGGGUUCGUUUCUAUGAGGGAUCAGAGCUGGUGGCAGAUUCUGGGGUGACAAUUGAUACCACAAUGAGAGGAGGAAGACUGGGAGUGUUCUGCUUCUCUCAAGAGAACAUCAUCUGGUCAAACUUGAAGUACCGCUGCAAUGACACCAUUCCAGAGGACUUCCAGGACUUCAGUACACAACAUGGCAUGGACCCCCUGUAAAUAAUUCCCAUAAUGCUAUGUUUAUACCAACACACCAUUUCACACAGUCCUAUGUGUGUCUCUGAAAGUGUGAAACACUUUUGUACACAAUGUGUGUGUGUGUAGAAAUGGGAUACGUGUAUACACAAUGUGUAUGCCAUUUUUUUAAUGUUUAUUUUAAAUCAACUUUUUUACUCUGGGCGAAAAACUUCAUAUAACAUUUAGAUAAGAGACGAACAGUAUUUCCUGUUAUCAGUCAGUUAAAAGUUACAGUUAUCAACUACUUGCCUAGAAUGCAGGUAGAUUUGCACCAAGUCAUUGUAAAGAGAACAUUUACAAGAAAGGAUGAAACAUAAUAAACCUUUUUGGAGUCUCUCAUUCCUAUUUGGCACCAAUAAAAGAAUAAUUUCAAGACA